AGGUGCGCCAUUAGAUUUAUCAACAGAGGAGUCGGAAGUGGAACAUGCAGGAGCUACCGUAAAUAGAAAUGUGACUUUAGACCAAGGUGAGAAUGACUCAUUUGCUCCGGGUCUGUCGGCUGAACCUUCAUCACUGACGUGCCUGCGGCUGAAGAUGCCUUCAUCCGGGGAGAAUCCACCAGUGAGAGUUGCCAAGAGGAAAAUGAAUCUAAGGAUUUAAUGGAUGACAAUAUUUGUUCUGAGGCCAAAAAUCAGGGGAACGAGGCGAUGGCUUUGGAUCUGUGCUUGACUGCUGAGGAGGUCCACGACGAGGACAUUUGGGACUUGAAACCUCAGGAGGAUGUACAAAUUGGAAGUGUUUCCGAUACAACAACUAAAGAGAAAGAAGAGGAGAAGUUUACAGACACUAACCAGCUUGAAGGAUCGGAUUGUCACGACGUGGCUUCUUUUGAUUUUUCAGUUCAGGACUUACACAACUCUUCUCCUGAGGACGGAUGGACUAGUGAGCAAACUGUGGAGACAUUAUCUCUCCCUAAAAUGGUGGGAGGUGACUCACUGCCGAUUGUGUCAGCUGUGAGUACGAGGGAGGAAGAUGUCUCUCCACUCAAAGCUGUGUUCGAUGCUUUAGACCAAGAUGGAGAUGGAUUUGUUCGUAUUGAGGAGUUUAUGGAGUUUGCUGCCGCCUAUGGGGCCGAUCAGGUAAAGGAUCUGACCAAGUUUCUGGAUCCCAGUGGUCUCGGGGUGAUCAGCUUUGAAGACUUCCACCGUGGAAUCACUGCGAUCAGCAAUGGAGGUCCGGAGCCUCAGCUCUACGGUGUGAACUACAGUCCGGGCGAUGGAGCUGUGGGCUGUCAGGAGGAGUACGACGAGCAAAAUGAGGUGACGGACAGCGCGUACCUGGGCUCCGAGAGCACUUACAGCGAGUGUGAGACCUUCACCGAUGAGGACACGGGGGCCCUGGUGCCCCCCGAGAUGCACGAGGAAGUGGAGACGGACAGCGGCAUCGAGGCCACGCUGCACGACCCGGAAGACAGCGGAAAUAGGUUUUCCCUGAACUCGGAGCUGCACAGCCACUCGCUGGUGUCGGUCAUCGGGGGAGAGGAGGAGCACUUCGAGGACUUUGGGGAAAGUAACACCUCGGAGUUACUGGAGAGCAGCGUGGAGGCGAGGGAGGGGGAGGAAGUCUCCCCUCUCGUGAAGACACCCGAGCAAAACAAUGGCUCCUCACUGCUCUCUCCCAGCGCACCCGCUCCCUUACCUGACUGCUUUCAGAGCUUCCUCAGGGAGGAGGCGCUGGACUUUUUCUGUAGCCAGUGUCACAAACAAAUAAGCCGUCUGGAGGACCUCUCCACUCGCCUCAAUUUCCUAGAGAUGACUAGCGCUGGCAAGAGGCUGUCCAGCAAGAAAGUAGCAAGACAUCUUCUCCAAAACAGCUCGAUGACUCUGGACACCGUGAGCGACCUGACGCGGGACAUCCUGGAGCUGGCGGAUAACGACAUCACAGACAAGGUGUUGCUCCUGGAGCGUCGAGUGGCGGAGCUGGAAAAGGAGUCGGAGGCUUCGGGGGAGCAGCACACACGGCUGCGACAGGAGAACCUCCACCUGGUGCACCGGGCCAACGCUUUGGAGGAGCAGCUGAAGGAGCAGGAGGUGUACGCAGACGAGCAGGUACAGCAGGAGACCCGGCGUCACAAGGAGGCGAUCAUCAAGCUUGAGAGGGAAAGAGGACUGGAGCUGGAGAACCUGCAGGCCAGGCUGCAGCAGCUGGACGAGGAGAACAGCGAGCUGAGGUCGUGUGUUCCUUGCCUCCGAGCGAACAUCGAGAGACUAGAAGAGGAGAAGAGGAAGCUGCAGGAUGAGUCAGAGGCUCUGUCCGACCGGCUGCAGGAGGAGACGGAGUCCCGGAGGAAGAUGGCUGACAAGCUGAGCCACGAGCGCCACCAGAGCCAGAAGGAGAAGGAGAACACGCAGGAGCUGAUUGAAGACUUGCGUAAGCAGCUGGAGCAUCUACAGCUCUACAAACUGGAGGCCGAAGCAAAGAGGGGAUACACCCCUGGCGCCGGGCUGCAGGAGUAUCAGACCCGCACCCGCGAGGCCGAGCUGGAGCAGGAGAUCAAACGACUCAAACAGGACAACCGCAGCCUGAAGGAGCAGAACGACGAGCUAAACGGACAGAUCAUCAACCUCAGCAUCCAGGGGGCCAAGAACCUGAUGUCGGCGUCCUUCUCCGACUCCCUGGCAGCUGAGAUCAACAACGUGUCCCGUGUAGAGUUGAUGGAGGCGGUCCACAAACAGGAAGAUAUCAACUACAGGCUCCAGGACUACAUCGACAAAAUCAUCGUGGCCAUCAUGGAGUGCAACCCCUCCAUCCUCGAGGUCAAAUAGACUCAGCCAGACGCACAGAGACUCCUCAGGCUGUCAAAAAUAACCGGAGACUUAAAGAAAACUACCAAGAGAGGAUGUAAAAAAUAUCGUUCUGGUAGAAAAACAAUGACGCACUCAACUCACUCCCCCCCCCCCCCCCCCCCCCCCCCCCCCCACCUCACCACCCUUAAAGAGAAGGAUCUAAGAUUUCUAAGAAGUCUGUCGGUGAAAAUCAAGCAGUUUUCAGUUCCAUAUCCCUUAAGUCUGUGCUUAUUUGUGAGUGUGUGAGUGUGUGUGUGUGUGUGUGUGUGUGUUAGCCCCUCCUGAAUACACUUGGGUUCUGGUGACCUCCAUGUAUUUGGCAAGAGGGACCCGAGUCUUUCUGUUCAAAAGUAGAGAAGCUUCCCCAAAUUCAACAAAGUGUCAAUGUUUGAUUUGAGCUAAAACAAAAAUCAGACAAAUCCACAGUACCCAAGGGCCUUAAACGAGAGGUGAUCCGAGUGUUCAUCAUCACAUGCCUCAGUUCAGUCAGUGAAGUGUUUGCUGAGAUGGUUGUAGUUCUUCGAUCUCCUGAACCGAGCUGAAGUGUGUUUUGUUCACGAGAGAGAAAGCCUAUGAAGCUGGGCGCGGAGAUCGGAGCAGCAGUUCCUCUUUUGAUUUGUCUUUGCUAAGCUUGCGGUGCUCCCUUAACUCUGUCCUCUAACUGUCCUUUCCAUUGGACCCAAGUGAGGGACGUUUCUAGGCCUCGAGGAUUAGAAAUGCCCUGAGGGUUCUUUGUGUGUGUGUGUGUGUGUGUGUGUGUGUGCGUGUGUGUGUGUGCGUGUGUGAGGUGUUUGACUAUUUUUUGCGCAGUGUUACUUAAAGGUUUUGAAAAAGCUAAGGGACACUACAUGAAGGAACUGGGUUGUUUUUAUAAUUUGCUUCAUUUUGUUGUUUUACGAUGAAACAGGGUCCCGGAGCUCAGGUGGGCUGGAAACAUGAGAAAACAAAAACUACAUUUCCCAUCACUCCCUCUGGCACACAUAUUCAAUAACUCACUAAGUGAAUGGGUACUGUAACUGACAAAUAUAACCUGCUAAUACUGACACACGUAAACACUUGAACGACGCAUGAAGGGAAACUGACGAGUGAUUGUGGGACUUGUAGUUCUUGGUUUGUUUGUUUUUAGUACAGCCCACCUGACCCCAGUGUGCUCUUGCUGAGUGAAAGUAAUGGGGAGCAAGUUAAUCCAGGUAACCAACCUUAAUCUUUUGCUGCACAAGCGAUUAAAUGUCAGUAAAAAAAAAGAAGUUGUAGAAGACUGAAAAAUUCUGACAUUCGACAAGUUGUGUGUGAAUAAUCAAAGGGUUGUACUUUGCACUAAGUUUUGUUUUGAUUUCAUUAUUGUUUUGUUGAUGUCUAUCAAAAAGAAAUGUCUAUUGUGAAGGGAUCAAGACUGUAUGAUAGUGAAACCCAUGUCAUAUCAAAUCCAUUCAAGAAUACUAUUUCGCAGCCAUGUGUUAAAAGGUUUCAUUCCAGUUACAUAUUUUACUUUUUUCAGCCGUCAACAGUUCAGAGGAGCUUUGUUUUCUGCUGUUUUUUUGGUCAGUUAUAUCGGUAUUCAGACCUGGAGAGACACGGGAGACUUUGGUAGCAAUAACGCUUGGCAAGAAGUGGACUUUGGUGGAGGGCAGGUGGAACAAACAUGCUCUGCCGGAGCGACAUCUGCCUUUUCAAAUACGGACGGAUUGAUUCUGGACUGAUGCCGUGCUUAUCGGUACUACGCAGCCAUUGAUUAUUGGACAGACAUCUUGAAGGAUUUCUGGUUAAAAGGAAGCCGGGUGAUGUUUUGUGUCCAAACGGCAUGGCAUUCUUCACCGAUAUGCUAAGAAGAAGUGUAACUAUUUUCUCACCGCUCACCGCUGUACUUCACCUGCCCCUCCAUGGAAAAAUGGCCUUGGAUGUAAAUGACUUGUACAUGUAAAGUUUUCUACACUCAUUCUAGAUUCUAGGUAUUUUUAUAGUGGGAAGAAAAGAACAUUUCUUCGUCUUCUUGUCUUAUGCUGAGAGACAGCUGCCUGUAUUCUUCUCUAGCAUGUAGCGUGUACAGUAUCUCUUUUUUUUUUUCCCUUCUCGUUUUGAAAUCACAUGCAGAUAUUUAUUCAUCAUUCGACACCAACUCGCACUCUGUGAUCUGUUCCGCUGAAUAUAUAUCUUUGUACAACUUUUUUUCUUUGAACUCACAAGGGGAGAGAUGUGGUUCAUGGUGAAUGAAUCUGUGGGAGAAAUUUACUGGAUUUAGAGAAAGCGUUCGUGUGCUAAAAGCGCAGAGUGGUCGAGGUCGCGGCGCUCUUCCAUAACGCGGACGUUGCCGCGAUCUCCUCAGGGUUGUGAUCUCAGACGUCUGCAGUUUCUACUGUUGUCUUCCCGGAUGGAGUCAGGUCCUGCAUGGAAACACAGAUUUGUAUUAUCUAUCUCUGAAUCAGACCCUUUGUUUUUAAAGUGUGAGGCCUAAAGCUUCACAGUGAGACCGGAUUUGCCCCAACAGAUUGAAUUCAAACUCAGUAUUUAUGGUAAUUAUUCCUUCUUUGGGAAGACAUUUCGCAGCAGGUGAUGCUUCACUAAUUUCUCUCCCUGCUUCUUAUUUUAGUGUCUGACAGAUAGUUUGAGGCAACAGAAUAAGUAAACACAGAGCUGACAAAACAUUCCCUUUGAGCAGAGCUGAAGGUGACUGCACUUUAACCACCAAAUUUUCUCCGAAUGACCAAAGACAGGUUCAACGUUAACUUGAUUAUUUUAUCCAUCGGGGUCCGUGAUCUUUCGGUAACUGUUCUAAUAAAGUAACACACUCUGAAAAGAAAGAAAAACUGGCCUUCUAGUCUAAACACUGUGCCUCUGUGUCUCAAACUCUGCCUCUAAACUAACCUGACAAUGAGCCCUGGGGAAAGCACUGACCAUGUGACUCUCAGUCUGUUAAAUUAUGAUGAAAACCUAAACUGUAAAUAUGAAUCGUCAUUUUUUUUGGUGAACUUUUUCUCUCUAUCUCUCUCACGCUCACUUCCAGUGUCCAAAGAAAGUCUGCUCAAGGCACAAACAUCACUACUGGAGUAGUGCAUGGCUUGCCAUUAUGCGACAUGGGAAGAUUCAAAAGAGAAUAUUGUAGAAAAGAGAAAUUGUAAAAGUUAAAUUUAUUCCUAUUUUCAAAGAUAAAUGUAUAAAUUAUAACAGUAUUGGUUACAGCUGUAUAUUAUUUUCGAAUAUCCCCAAAUGAUCUAAUCCUAAUUGUUACUGGGGAAGUAUAAUUUCAGUCAUUGUAAAAAAGAGAACAAUUUAAAGGUAAGCAGUGAAAGUAAGAUUAGAAAAAUAAAUGGAAUAAAAAUGAAA